AUGGCGAAGCGACCUGAGAAAUCCGAACCCAAAAAGAAGCUAACCAAAGAGGAGCAACAAAUUCAAAACAACAUCACUGACUUUACACGGAAGUCCAAAAUAAUUGAAGACAUUUUUGGCCUUAAAGAACAGAAUUGCAUCACCUAUUUUAGUUCUUCCAUAUCCAAAGAAAAGGCCUCCAAAUAUAACACAUUUUUAUAUUUAACUGAGACUGCCAUCUGUUUUCAGUAUUUUUUAAAAGAUAAAAAGACUGAACUUCCUUAUGUCAUAUACUAUGACGACAUUGACACAUUAGAGAAGACGAAGAUUAUUUCCUUGACUGAUACGAAGAAGCAGUCCUUCACUUUUGACAUCGACAAGAGUAUAUUAGACAGUGCGUUCUUCAUUAUCAGUUACUUGCGGGACUUCCCCUUCAUGCGGAUGAACAAAGAACUUGCGAAGGUCGACAUCGAUAUUUUGGACACAUCAAUCAACUUCGACAGAGACGACGAGAGUGGGGAGAACACCCUACAUCUCCAGAUGGCGGAGAGUGCCAACAAAUACGCCGAUGCUACGUUGGACCUCAAGAAGUCGACAAUCAAUAUGAUCAACCAGCAGCGCGACAUGCUUUUUGAAGCCGAAAGUGCUCUAAAUGAGACCGAUGCGUAUUUCCCUGAGAUCGAACAGAACUUAAAAUGCGUCGAGUCGUUAUCGAGCGAACUCAAAAUGCGGUACUGCAAGAAGAAAGUCGUCAAGCCAAAGCCUUUAAAGCGCCCGUUAGAGAUCCAGGCGGAAGUUUUAAUCUUCGACCCACAAGUGUUGACGGUGGAAGUCUUGGUGAUGGAGAAGGACAACGUGUACUUCCCGGCGAGUUUUAAGAUGUACGACGACACAAUUGUGAUCACAGAAAUCGUCCCAGAGGGAGUAACAAAGAAGAAAGUGUUUAUGAAGUUCAUCAACAUUGGACAGAUUUAUAAAAUCAAAAUGAUUUAUAAGCCGUUCCAUCUCGAAAUUGGAAUCGACGACUUUAAAAGGACCAAAGUGACUGUUUUCACGACACUCAUCCAAUUGAUCGUCAACGAAAUUUAUAUGAAGCACUCAAGAGUGUAUAUGACCAAAAAAGAGGGAGAAAAACUAAAGGUCAUGACUAACCCACAGCCAGUGCUUAAAGUCGAGUUCGAGGAAAACUCGAAAGGGUUCGACUUUGGAGAGUCGGCAAUUUCUGAGGUGUUUAUGGUCAGCGGGGCAGUGGAGGGUAAAGGGAAAUUCGAGUCUGAACACGCAGAGGCGCUGAAGUCAUUUACUGAUAUUAGAGAGAGAGCGAAGUACAAAAGAAUGCUCUUGACGAACUCAAAAACAGUUGAAAUUUUACAGGAAAUUACUAAGGCAAAUAAACAAAUUAUUAAACUGGAGGAGGACUUGUCACAAACUAUUGAUAGAGUACAGGAAAAGACAGACGAACAGGGAAAAAGACUCGCAGCGGCAAGUAGGCAAGUGGAUUCGGCAAAUAGAGUGUACUCGAAGAAGUAA